UGUUCUGUUUCCUUGAUCUAAACUGUUUUCCUGUGACGAUCUAUAUAGCAUUAUUUAGUGGAUUUCUGCAUUGUCUGCCGCUUUGUUCCACGAUGAUGGGAUGGAGAGCGAAAGGAGGGUUCCCAUAUCUGGCAGCUCCAGAGUGGUGAGCUGGAGGACCUUCCCCUCUGUGGAGGGGACCACCAAACUGCAGAGUUAUCCUCAUGGGAGUGAGCUUUCAUUUGUGUAUACAGUGUGUUCCCCGACUUCCCUCUUCUUUUUUUUCCUGCUAAACUUCUGUAAGAUAUUUCCAUUCUUUUACGGUUGUCAAUCUGGCGGAAACUCGGAUGCUCUACAUCUCUACAUCUUGCUGUUCAAAGGCUUUAGCGGUCGUGACAUAGACGACUGUUCCUGCUGAGUGGAACCAUGAUUGUUCAUAGUGGCAUGGGAGAGACAGGAUAUUAUGAUGUAUCUUCUGACAAUAGCUAUUGCCAACGACGCAACUGAGACACAAGGGCAGUUUCAGUGAACUGUGACGAACGGGCCCAUACAGUAUGGCCCGAUCCUUCAACUGCAUGGGCGGUGGUGGUGGACAGACUAUCGUUCUACGGUGGAAGCUAGGCAGGUGCUGCAAGAGCCAGGGGAGAGGGUAGGAUUGUUGGAAAAGCGGGAGGCAGACAAAGGGGGUUAGCGAAUCGAUUUUGUGCCCCUCGUACAGGAACAUGUGGAGAGCGGUUGAAACCAAAAAGACUGAACGUACUGAUUGGCAUGCCUGCCCUAUCCGGUUUGCAGGGUUGAAGGUGGGUUGAUUAGGUGAUAGAGACGGUUAAGGAGUUUAGAUACCAACAAGACUGGGUGCCUGUAUUGGAUUUGUGACCGGGUAGGCCAACGUCUGCCCUAUCCGGUUUGCAGGGUUGAAGGUGGGUUGAUUAGGUGAUAGAGACGGUUAAGGAGUUUAGAUACCAACAAGACUGGGUGCCUGUAUUGGAUUUGUGACCGGGUAGGCCAACGUCUUGUGCGGAUGGGUAAUGUCACGAGUUGAUGCCUGUCCAUACGACUGUUGAUGGACUGAAUGCGUCUUUUUGUAAAGGGUCUUUGCAGUGUGGAUGGAAAGAUCCCUCUGUUGCGAUGGGUUAUUAGGAUGGGGACAAUGAAGAAAGCUCUUCAGAGAGGCGUCAUGUUUGCCAGUAGGGAUUUGAGGGAAAUGGUUCUUCGCAGGUUGUUGUUGACCUUUGAAAGUGCUCUCUACCUUCCCUAAGUCUCCUGAUAUCUAUUAUUAAACGGCUGAUGGGCGCUUCCAGCUGAGGAGGUCUACGUACCACAGACUCUUUUCGUCCAAGCAUCAUCAGGGUGUGUGUGAUGAUAUGUGUGUGUGUGUGUGUGUGUGUGUGUGUGUGUGUGUGUGUGUGUGUGUGUGUGUGUGUGCUUGUCAAGGCCGUGUUACAAUGCUUGUUAAUGUGGAAUGCGACUGUGGCUUCUUCAUUCAUUGAACCUGUGUCCGCUUACUCCCUGCAUUGGUCCGAACCCGAAGAAGACUCGAUGUUAGGUUGCUAUUGUCUUCAGUUCUUCUGACUUUGGAGUCUUUUCGUGUGUCCGGUCAAUAGCAUGAAAUUGGGCUGCUUUUUCCAAGAUGAAAUGGACAAUGGAGAUGUACAGCCUUUGUGCAUGUCACGAAAAGGUUCCAUCAGGAAGUGCCGGUGUUUUGGUUUUCCUUCGUUUUCAUUGUGUUCUUGUGUGUGGAUGACAGACAUAGAGCAAGCAAGCGAGAGUCAUUCGUCGCCGGAUGCUCCAACUCAAGAUGAUGAUGGCAACUGCUGUCGAUGGUGCAUGGACUAUAUCUCCCUUAGAAGUGUGUUCCCCGCUGCAAUCAUUCCCUUAAAGCAGGCACAGUCUAUAAGGAGGCACUAUCCUAUACGUGAUCAAGCCCACCCUGAGGGAUCUCCGGCUUUGGAAUCUAUAGAGAGUGGGACCGUGGACGCAGGAGCAGGAGUCCCCUGAUGUGUCUCUGCUCAAUUCAACCAUGCAAGUCAUGCAAGCGCCCAUCGGUUUGAUCAGAAUCAGAAGUAAACAUCGGUUCUCGGUUCAUUUCUGAUGCUAGGAUUGUACAGCUGUUGCCUUCUCUUCACAAAGGACUACUUGUUUUCUUCCACUAGAUGCCAAGAGACUCGACUCGAGAGUUUUUCCGAUGUAGCAUCAUACUAGCAUGUCUAUUUUUGGUCCAUUUUUGCGGUUGGAGUUUGAGAGUCUUUGCUGACGUCACGAGAGCUGGCGAUAUAUGUAUGGCUCGUACUUGGAAACGACGAACCCCAAAGGGGUGAUGAGAGAUUAUUGCCUCAUCAAUUAAGAGGGGUGCAUUGCGGAGUGGAGUUGGAUUGGUGAGUGCUGUUCCCGUGUGUUCUUUUGCAUUGCAAGAUGCAUCGUCCACGCUGGAUGACUUGGCUUCUGGUUCUGAGACUUUGCAUGCAUGUUUUUUCAGAGCAUCAUAUCAGACAGGUUGUGGGAACAUCUCCACACUAGGAUGCGAGCCUAUAGGCACAAAGUACUGCACAGUGGCCACAUGCACUUGAGAUGCUGCAAGUCUGAGCCUCUUUCUGGAAACCGGUGGCAAUAUCUAUUGUGUGAUGUACCUUGUGUGAAAUGGGUGAUGCACCUUGUGUGAAAUGGGUGGAAUGCCGGGGGUCGGUGUGGAGAGGAGGCUAUUUUUGCUCGCUCAGGCGACAGCCUUUGGAAUCUGACUCCCAGGUACCAUCUGCUUUUGUCCGAUUUCUCUCUCUGCUUUUUCAGGUGUCGUCGCUCUGAUGAAAAGUAAAUUGAAACAGUUGCGUAAGCAAUUAGAAUCAUCUUGGUUGGCCACUGUCGCCUAGGACGUCAGGGAGUCUCGUGCACAUUUCCCAUUUGAUCGAUCCAGCCGACCGUCGAUCAGUACUCGGCACAGGUCAUAGUGAGCCAAGAUGGUAAUCGUCGUAAUCGUCGUGAUGUUGUUGCUGUACAUAAUGAAGCCUCUGUUCUUUUCUUGCAUGCGGCCGUCAGAUGAGAAGCUGGCGGCUACCAUAGGUGCUGCGUAUAUAUACAUAUAUGUUUGUGACGACAUAUAUGUUUGUGACGAUAUAUAUAUAUAUGAUAUAUAUGUAUAUUGUGACGAUAUAUAUAUGUAAUUUAAUGGCAAAGUCCUGAACUUCCAGGUUUGGACAGUGUUUAUCAGAGGAGAUGUAUUUGGGGUUUGUACAGCUCCUGCCGAUCAGGAGCAAACUCUGCUGAUCUGGUGCCAAACCUCGUUGUGACGAACUGAAUGACGACUGCUCCCAAGCAUUACGUGAACAAGGAAAGUAAUGUUGGAGAGAACCGGUGUCUACGGAUUUUGAAGGGAAAUCAGGUCGGAUCCCUUUCGGUUGGAUUGUGUAGCUUUCAGACGUCGUUGGCGUGAGCCAGGCAAAAGAUGAAAAGAAUUGCCACAGUGCGUGGGGAGACCACAGAGCUUCGAGGACUUUGCAUUGAAUGUCAUUUCAAUUUCUCUCUCCAGUGUUGGACCGUCGUUUCUCCCGUCGAGUCCUCGUUUUCAUCCUGCAACCAGGUUUGCAAGGCUGCAAGAACUUCUCACGAGGUCAGCUGUUGUUGGGGCUGGGUUUCACCGCUUUCGGCAUAUGGCACUUUCCCGACAUUGAGCGAUUGGCUGGCUCAGCCUGGCUGUGAGAAUUGAAUUGCGGUCUCAGUCCGAGAUUGAAGACAAAGACGGAGUGCUACUGCAGUGCAGAGCGAAUUUAAUAGGAGGUGGCGGUAGUGGGUAGUGGUGGUCCUCUCUCUCCUGUAGUGUCAUUUUCUUCCUGCCUGUGAAGUGCACAGGUCAGCUGUUGUUGGGGCUGGGUUUUAUCGUUUUUGGCAUAUGGCACUUUUCCCGACAUAUUGAACGUUUGGCAGGCUCAGCCUGGCUGUGAGAAUUUAAUCCCGGUCUCAGUCCGAGAUCGAAGACUAAGACGGGGUGCUACUGCAGUGAAGAGCUAAUUUAAUAGGAGGUGGCGGUAGUGGGUGUUGGUGGUGGCAGUGAUGAGCUAAACAAUGUGAGAGAGGCCAGUGAAGCCGCUGUGAUGGUGGUGCUGGACCUGGGAUUGCAGUAAUUGGGGGCAAUAUGAAUACAUAUGGAUAUUCCAAAUAGGAGAUGCAAGGGAGGGCUGUGGUACGGACACCGGCUAGCCAUCGUGGUGGUAGUGGGAAGCAGGCAGCGUCUGAGAGCAGUGUUAACAGAAUACAGACCCAUUCUGUAGCUUAUUACUGUUUUUUUGGCCUAAGAAUCUCUCAAUGAUGAGGGAACCCUUCUGAGUAGGAGUUUUGUCUGACUUAGUUUCUGUUCAUGUGUUAUGCAUGUGUGCACAAUUUGCGUUUCUGUUCAUGCGUUAUGCAUGUGUGCAUAAGUUGCACAGUCGUAGUCUAUGAACCGUUUGUCGUCAUUGUUUUCGCAAUGUCACGGAUGAACCACAACGUUUUUUUUUCUUUUUUUUUUCUUUUUUUUGGGCAUACGGGCAUUUGCCGUUGCAAUUUGGAAAACGUGAAGAUAAAUAUAUCCUCUGUGAUAGGUUUUAUUUAAUGGAUAUGUGAUGGUCAUACGGGCGUUUGUUGUUGCAACUUCGUUGGGAAAUGUGAAAAACAAAAUUCAAAAAAAAUCAGAAAAUUAUAUUCUCCGUGACAUGCCGACUUUGAGGGCAUACGCACAGUAGGAGUUUGUUAGCCUGUAUGUGGAUGUGGUUGUGGUCAUAUCUGGCCGUAAAAGGGGCCAGAUACAUUGCAGAGCGAGCUUGUGUGAGUUCACCCCAGUCGACAACUUGAGCACAGCCGAUCUGGUGUGUAAAGAAACAUCGAUUGGUCGUCAGAGCACAUCGCAGGUGGGCCAUGCGAACUUGGUCUGUCGAUGGGUUAUGUUGUAGCGAGACCAUGACAGGAAGUUUCUUGCAGAGUAAAUGGAAUGCGGAUCG